CUCAUCUCUCCUUCGCAGAAUCUCCUCUCAGCCUCUAAGCUUACCUGGUCUGAAUCCUUGGAUGAGCCUGUGGGACCCUUCCUUCUAGCCCUGUGGUCUGGAACCAGUGGCUCUGGGACUAUAAGAGGAUGGACAAAGAUUCUCAGGGGCUGCUAGAUUCAUCCCUGAUGGCAUCGGGCACUGCCAGCCGCUCAGAGGACGAGGAGUCGCUGGCAGGGCAGAAGCGAGCCUCCUCCCAGGCCUUAGGCACCAUCCCUAAGCGGAGAAGCUCUUCCAGGUUCAUCAAGAGGAAGAAAUUUGAUGAUGAGCUGGUGGAGAGCAGCCUGGCCAAGUCCUCUACUCGGGCGAAGGGGGCCAGUGGGGUGGAACCAGGGCGCUGUUCGGGAAGUGAACCCUCCUCCAGUGAGAAGAAGAAGGUGUCCAAAGCCCCCAGCACUCCCGUACCACCUAGCCCAGCCCCAGCCCCUGGACUCACCAAGCGUGUGAAGAAGAGCAAACAGCCUCUUCAGGUGACCAAGGAUCUGGGCCGCUGGAAGCCUGCGGAUGACCUCCUGCUCAUCAAUGCUGUGUUGCAGACCAACGACCUGACAUCUGUCCACCUGGGUGUGAAGUUCAGCUGCCGCUUUACUCUUCGGGAAGUCCAGGAGCGCUGGUACGCCUUGCUCUACGAUCCUGUCAUCUCCAAGUUGGCCUGCCAGGCCAUGAGGCAGCUGCACCCAGAGGCCAUUGCAGCCAUCCAGAGCAAGGCCCUGUUUAGCAAGGCUGAGGAGCAGCUACUGAGCAAAGUGGGAUCGGCCAGUCAGCCCACCUUGGAGACCUUCCAGGACCUGCUACACAGACACCCUGAUGCCUUCUACCUGGCCCGUACUGCCAAGGCGCUGCAGGCCCACUGGCAGCUCAUGAAGCAAUAUUAUCUGCUGGAGGACCAGACAGUGCAGCCGCUGCCCAAGGGGGACCAGGUGCUGAACUUCUCCGAUGCAGAAGACCUGAUUGAUGACAGUAAGCUCAAGGACAUGCGGGAUGAGGUUCUGGAACAUGAGCUGACAGUGGCUGACCGGCGCCAGAAGCGAGAGAUUCGGCAGCUGGAGCAGGAGCUGCAUAAGUGGCAGGUGCUGGUGGACAGCAUCACGGGCAUGAGCUCUCCAGACUUCGACAACCAGACGCUGGCUGUGCUGCGGGGCCGCAUGGUGCGGUACCUGAUGCGCUCACGAGAGAUCACCCUGGGCAGAGCAACCAAGGAUAAUCAGAUCGAUGUGGACCUGUCUCUGGAGGGUCCAGCCUGGAAGAUCUCCCGGAAGCAAGGUGUCAUCAAGUUGAAGAACAAUGGUGAUUUCUUCAUUGCUAAUGAGGGCCGGAGGCCCAUCUACAUCGACGGGCGGCCUGUGCUGUGUGGCUCCAAGUGGCGCCUCAGCAACAACUCUGUGGUGGAGAUCGCCAGCCUGCGAUUCGUCUUCCUCAUCAACCAGGACCUCAUCGCCCUCAUCCGGGCCGAGGCUGCCAAGAUCACAGCGCAGUGAGGAGUGGGAGUAGGACCGCUGCACUCUCUCUGGCCUCAGCUCCUCCUGAACCGAGAACUCGGGCUCCUGGAGGAACCUGCCCAGAGCAGGCAGUAGGAGGCCCAGUGCUGGCUCCUGGAUUUGAGCCUUUGAAGAAGGCUGGGCUGGGCCAUUGGGAAGCUGGGAGAGGCUGGGACCCCUGGGCUUCCCAUAGCAGAGCAGAGCCCCCUCCUCCUCCUCUCUGCAAACUGUCCCCUGCCCCAUGUUGCCACCUUCACUCCUGUGUCUCCAGCUGAUUAGCUCCAGACUUUUCCUUUAUUGUUUUUCUUUUGUAAAUAAAAAGCACUGAGUUCCAAAGUAA